GUCAUAAGCGUGUCAUCUGCUGGGAGGUUGGUUGUUACUCGCAUUAUUGCGAGUAAAGCAAAGUAUGGUGAAAGUACAGUUUCAGUUUUAAGAGCCCAAUCUUUUUCGGGUAUUAUUUUAACAGUUUUUAGCUGGUAAUAGCCCCAUAAAGCAUCAAAACCUAUUUUAUAAACUAGAUUUAACAACAUUGCGCUAAAAUAAGCUAACUCAAUGUUGAUAUGCGCAUAAACCAUGCAAAACAACGCGGUAAGCAAGUUAUCAUAUGACGAGUUCGCUAUUCGCAUUAACUUUUUACCAUGCAAAAAGGGUAUAUAGGUCAUGUCGUUUUUAAAAGUUUUAAUAUCAGAAGUGCAAGUGAGUCUGGAUGGUAAAGUAUGUGAAGUAAAAUGGAGUGACGACCACAUUAGCAGGUUUCACGCAAAAUGGCUCAGAUUCAACUGCCACUGCAGUCAAUGUUAUCCAGAGUUUUCCGGCAUCUAUAAAGUAGAUUUUCCGCAGUUUCCCGAUGAUACCAUACUUACAGAAGCAAGAAUUGGCGACAACGCUCUGCUUACGAAACACUCAUGGGACAUAAUGGAGAAUCACACGACCACCCAACCAUUUGAAUGGCUUCGCUCUUUCUGUUACUGUGAUACUUGCUUGUCUUCGUUGGUUAGAAGUAGAGACAUCAUUAGCACGCAUUUCGAAAAUACGAAAGUCCAGCAAGAUAUUCCAACUAUAGAUUACUCAGAGAUGAAAGACAAUGACGUCGGUUCAUAUAGUAUGCUACAGAAGUUCAUGGAAAGUGGAUUUUGUAAAAUAUCCAACGUCCCGUGCGAAGAUAAAAUGGUUUUAAAGUUUGCGAGAAGGUUUGGGCCGAUUCGUGAAACACUUUAUGGAGAGUUCUUCGAUGUUCUUCCACAUAACAGUGUAAAUGCUGCAUACACAUCUAAAGGUAUCCCGCUACAUAUGGACCAACAAGCCUAUGAACAAACCCCCGGUAUACAGCUGCUUCAUGCUCUUAGGUUUGACGAUGAAGUCAGCGGGGGACAGUCGACUCUUCUUGACAUGUUUCAAGUUGCUGAAAUAUUCAGAAAAGAAUCUCCGGAAGAUUUUAGGACGUUUCUAGAAGUCCCAGCUUGCUUUAAUACCAUUGACUACAAGAGGAAAGUCCCCGUCUAUUUCGAAGUCCAGAAGCAUCACAUUGUAUUGGAUUACUAUGGCAAGAUAGUAGCUGUAAACUGGCACGCUGGGUUCGCAUCUACUUUAAGAAUCAAAGAAAAAGACGUGGAAAGAUAUUACAAAGCACAUCGCAAGUUUUCAAUGAUAAUGCAAAGGGAAAAACUUGUUGGAAGGUUUCGCUUCCGUCUUCGAACUGGGGACCUGCUGUUUUUCAACAACAGAAGAAUGACACACGCUAGAGAUGCUUUUACCAACAAUGGCGGAAUUCGACAUUUGCAGGGUUGCUAUAUUGAUUUGGACGACUGCAAAAGUAACUACAUGACUCUGGCAAACAAGCUUAGGUUGCAAGUUACGCCUCCAAAAGUUGGAAAUGCUUCUUCCAUUUAAUUAUAUUCACAUAUACUUCAAAUUGUUACUUCUGUAUAUCCAUCUCAGCGUUUGUGUAAAUCUUAUCCGUUCAUGUUCAUUUAUCCUCGAGCAACGACAUACGUUAUAACCGGGAUAUUUUGUUUUACACGGAUCGUGCAUGCUAUCGAGUUCCUAUGUGUAAUAUACAUAUAAGAA